AUGUUCUCUUACAAAACUUCUGCCUUUGCUGCCCUAGUUGGCAUUUCUCUUGCUGUCAUUCCCCCUGUUGUGCGAUCUGCUACUAUCGACGUUACCGUUGGAGGCCCUAAUGGAACUGUUGCUUACGCCCCAGAAUACGUGAACGCAAGUAUCGGCGAUGUCGUCCGGUUCACAUUCGAGCAGAAAAAUCACACUGUGACCCAAUCUUCCUUUGCUUCUCCCUGUUCACCACUUGCCAACGGCUUUGACUCUGGAUUUGUUCCCGUCGCGGCUAAUGUAACCAGCGACUUUAUUACUGCAGAACUUACGAUUGAAAACACCAACCCUGUUUGGGUAUAUUGUCGUCAAACUGGUCAUUGCGAAGAAGGCAUGGUAUUUGCCGUCAAUCCUGGCUCCGACGCCAAAUUCGCCGCCUUCAAAGCUGCUGCUAUGGGCCAAAAUUCGACUUCCACAGCUUCCGCCUCUAUAGUCACAGUGACAGCCACCGUCACUGCUUCUGGAGGGGAAACCAUCACAACAACUUACGGUUCCUACCCUGGAUCGUCUGCUCCCACUGCCGCCACUUCAACAGACCACAAAGUCAUUGUCGGCGAUAAUGGUACACUCACGUACAAUCCCGCCAAUAUCACUGCUCAAAUUGGGGACACCGUUACAUUCGAGUUUCAUCAGAAAAACCAUACUGUCACUCAGAGUUCUUUCGCUGACCCUUGCACCGCUCUAUCUGCGAGCAGCCCUGGAACCGUCAGUUUCGAUUCGGGAUUCAUGCCCGUCGCCACGAACGCUACUACUUUCCCUACCGUAACUAUUCAGAUCAACGACACCAAACCAUUUUGGGCAUACUGUCGUCAAAGCACCCCAGUAUCUCACUGCGAAUCUGGGAUGGUAUUCAGUGUCAACGCUGUUGAGAACAGCAAUAGCUCCUUCGAAGCCUUCCAAGCUAAGGCCCUUGCUCUCAACACUACUGCCUCAGCCUCUGGCUCUGCUUCGCUCUCCUCGCCCUCUGCGACUUCGACUAGCAACAGUGCAUUGUCAAUACAUGGAAUCUACGGUGCUGGCACCGUGAUUGCCGUUGUCGGUGCUGCUGUUGGUGUUCUCUUAUAG